GUCACUCACAGGUCCAUCGAACCGCUGCAGUUGCAACUAUGUCGGCCGCCGAUGGUCAGUCGGACGCUGUAGAGAAGAAAAAGCUUCUGCGCGUUAUGGUUAUUAAAGAAAUUGUGCAGACAGAACGGGACUUCAUCAGAAAGAUAGAAAUGCUGUGCAACGACUUCUUGAAGAAUAUGAUCGAGCGGCAGACGUUUGAUCCUGGCCGUUUCACGGAAGAGAUAAUAACUACGCUUUUCUGCAACAUCGAGGAGGUGCUCGAGUUGCACAGACAAUUCCUAAAGUCUCUGCUGGAACAGAUCAAGGGGGACGUACCAAAGUUUACAUCUGAAAUUGGAGAGGUUUUUGUGGACUUUAGGGAGCGAUUCAAACCUGUGUAUUCAGAGUACGGCAAGAAUCACGAGCAAGCUCAGAAGUUACUCAAUGAGUUGAUGCAAGACCAGCACUACAGAGCGUUCUUCCAGGGAUGUAUGCUGAUGGGAGGGCAGAAAGAUCAUACAGAAGAGAUUCAUGGGUUUCUUCUUGCUCCACUUCAGCGUGUGUGCAAGUACCCUCUAUUAGUAAAGGAAUUAGUAAAAUAUACACCAGCUGAUCAUCUCGAUUUUGUACCAGUGUCUGAGGCUUUGGAAGCAAUGAAAGACGUUUGCUCAGUGAUAAACGAGACAAAGAGGCGGAUGGAGAAACUAGUGGGUAUUGCUGAGUGGCAGAUGACUGUAGAAGGGUGGGAGGGGUCAAACAUAAUUGACACUUGCAAUGAGAUGGUAAUGCAGGGAUCGCUGAUGAAAAUCUCGUCCGGCAAUACCCAGGAGCGUUGUUUCUUUCUGUUUGACAAUUUGCUUGUCUAUUGUAAAAAGUACUCAGGUCUAUCAACAAGGAGACACUCGAGAAGAUCAGAAAGGAAGGUUUCAAUGGUGCCUGAAAGCAGUCUGUACACAUUCAAAGGUCGGAUUCCAUUGAGCCAAAUCGAGCUUGAAAAUAUUGAAGACGGAACUGCUGAUUAUCAUAGCAGUGGCACAAAAGUUGUGAACGGCUGGAAGGUACACAACAGUUCAAAACGGAAAUGGUUUGUAUGCAUUGCCAAGAGUAAGGAGGAGAAAUCCGACUGGAUGAAAGCUAUUAUAACACAGAGAGACAAGCAAAGAAGAUUGACGUUGAUUGGGGGGUCAGCUCUUGAUUUCACUGCUGCUGGGAGUCUAAUUCAAGAAAAAGGGAUGCGAUUGCAUGGCCAGAUGAGGGACAGGGGAAUGAUAAAAGACAGAUCAAAACAUUUGCGAACGCACCAAAAGAGCUUUAUUGGAAGUGACUUCUCGCAGUGGUUGGUGGAGCAGAAAGAAGUUGGCUCUCUUGAAGAGGCAGUGACGUUGGGACAAGCUUUGCUUGACAAUGGAAUUAUUCAUCAUGUGAAUGACAGACACAACUUUAAGAAUGCCAAUGUGUUGUAUCGGUUCCGGUUUGAUGAUGGAACAUUCAAGGCAAAGCAUGAAAUGCAGGAUCUUUUGGCUAAGGGAACAAGAGUAUAUGUUCGUCUUCACAGUCAAUUGUCAUCUCCCCUUAAGGACCACUCACAUCAUCUCAAGACAUUUCCUCUAAGCAUCCCAGGCAAAGAGUUAAUUGACUGGCUAAUACUAAAUGGAGAUGUAUGUAAACGAGAUGAAGCACUUACUCUUGGGCAGUGUCUUAUAGCGAAUGGAUUCUUACACCAUGUGUCUGAUAAACACUCAUUCAAAGAUGACCAAGCAUUGUUUAAGUUUGUAGCUGAUGAAGAGAAGAAGGAGUUUGAUGGAGGAAGUCUUAAGAAAGGCAUGACAUUAAGUGCAAGAAUGGAAUUUCGGGAAACUGAUGCCUACCUUUCGAAAACAAUAGUGAUCCCAAGCACAGAAGAAGGCAUUGACUUUGCAGUGGAAGACACUGAACCGAUCACUGUUAGUUCUGUAGUUCCUGGCAGUCCAGCACAAUUGGCGGGACUUAAAGUUGGUGAUGAGGUUUUGGCUGUAAAUGGACGUGUUGUUGCAUUUUUGGCACUUGACGAGGUCUUGUCAGUUAUUCGCAUUGCUGGAGAAAAAAUGGCAUCUCUAAAACUUAUUGUAUUGGCAAAGCAAUCACAUACAUGUGACGUUAUCAUCAGUGAAAGUGGUCUUGGUUUGGACAUCAGAGGAAACAACCCUGUCUUUGUUGCUAGUGUUGAUAAAGGUGGUCCUGCAGCCAAUGCCGGUUUAAUGCCAGGAAACUGCAUUCUUCAGGUGAACGGGCAGGAUGUAUCUAAUGCUGGUCAUAAUGCAGUUGUUGCAGCAAUUACCGAAGGCACAUCUGUGGCCAGAAAACUGACCAAAACUGCUGUGGAUAAUGGCUUGUGUAAUUCUUUUGAUGACAACACACCUGGGACUCCUUUCCGCAAGAGCGCUAGCUUCUCAUGGGAAGAUGACAUAUAUUCAGCAACUCCAAAACAGUCGACCAGUUCUAGUCCACUUAUGGAAAGGAAUGGUACUCAAAUGAGAAGGAGUGCUAUAACAGCUGACAGUUCGGAAAAUACUCUACAUACCGACUUACGAGAUUUGGAAUUAUUAAAAGAAUUGCAAAGUUCACCACCUGGCAGGGAGAACAAAGGAAAUGGGUUUGUGUCGAUUACUGUGGCUAUUGGAGGGUUAGAUCAGAAUGUACGAUAUGCAUUUGAGUCAGCGGGUGGCUCCAAGAUAUCUGUGCUGGAGACAAUGUCAGAGAGCAAGUAUUGCUUCAAAGUGCCGAUUGAGUUGUUGAAACUAUUUGCUGCUGAAGACAACAACCUGCAAGAGCAAUACAAACAACUUGAUAAUGCUCGCACAAUUGAUUCUGUAGACGAUCGAGAUGUGUUUGAGACAAAGCGACAGGGACAAAUCACUCAGUUGCAAGACAGGUGUAAAAAAUAUGAGUCGAAUACAUAUCUGUUGUCACGUUAUCUCUGGCCGACAUAUAAGACAACCCGGUGUCGUCGUCAAGCACUUCUUUUGGCUUGCCCCACCAACUGUCACACACAAGUGAUGGAGGUAACACUGCGCAGUGGUCGAGCUCUUGCAUUGGAAUCGGGCACUUUUGAUGAUGAUAAUGAAGACAGUUUGAGUGCCCUGCACAGAGUUACGUACUGUUUUACAACUUGUGCUGCAUUGGCUGCUCACCACGAUACUUAUGUAAACGGUGGUCUAAAGCGGUUAUAUACUGUGGGACACCAGCAUGUAAUAGCAGAAUUGCGACAGAUUAUUUAUGAUAUUGAUGCACGGAUGGCUGAGCUAGAAUCGGAUCAGGAGCUUAUCUCAAGAGUCAUUGCACAGACUGCAGAAGCUCAGUUGGACAUGUGCUUAAUGGAAGGAGAACAACUGAUAGCCAGUCUGCAGGCAGCUGACACUAAUAAUGAGUUGCCGCUGUCUUUUCGAAAUCGAACACUUUCUCAAGCUGCUGCAAACAAACCUGGGAAAAGAUCAGGAGCAGUUCGUGUAGCUGUCAAUAGUUUGCUGACCAAGGCAGAAAAUUUUAGUUCUAUGAUUCACUCAGACAAAGUCCUGAAGUCCUUCAAGAAAACAAGUGCUUUUCGACCUGUUUCAAGGAAGUCAGACAUACUGUUUUCAGAGCAUGAGUCAAACGUUGGGGACUGUAUUUCGAAAAUACAGCAUGCACAGUCAAUUAAAGACGAUGAUGCCUUGUUGGCAUCUGUGUCACAGCUUUUGACUCUCUUCAGAAAAUGGACUCCUGAAGUCAAAUUAAGAUUACAGAUUAUGCUGAUUCUGGAGGAAGACGUUGCUUUGCUGACACGAAGAGAUGCUGUGUUUUCUCAAGUUCUGACGGCGUUUCUCACUGGGUUUACACAACAGUUGGCUUUGGCAUUGGACGGCUUACUGAAUCCUGCAGCUGAAUACAGUGGGAGUAGCAAAAGCAGUACUGACUGGCUGGACCAGUUGUGUCAUCUUGGAGUUCUUGCUUUGUUUGAGUCACUGCUAGAUCCAAGCAAACCAGACGAGAUGGCUGCUUUGGAAGAUAUGACUAUGGGAGUUGAUGACCUUCGGCAUGUGUCUCUGACAAUGGAAGCAUUGCCUUCUGGCAACUGUAUGGGAGAUUCGUUUCCUGUUUGCUUGUCAGGCAACCGACAGUCUUUGAAGGUCAUCCUAUCUCUCGACAAUGACAUGUUUCAGAGACUUCCACAGAAGCUUCAAGCAGGUGGCUCAGUCAAAGUCCAUCCCGUUAUUGUUAGCCAUGGUUUGCAUAGUUUAGUCAGUAAGGCUGGCGAUGACCAAGAUAAAGCUCGUGGUCUCCAGCUAUCGGUCAAUGUAGAGGCAGUGUCAGCCCUGAAACAAUAUUAUAGGAAAUUCAGAUCUUUCCACCUGGACAAAAACAAGAUGCCUGACCAGUCUGUGGCUAAAGUGGCUCUGCUGGAUAAGAUACUGAAACCAUUGAAUGCCUUGGAGGAGUUGAUGCGAGCUGUUGAGACUUCAAUGAAAGUGCAUCAAGAUCGGGUGGAGAACGUUGGGUUUUUGAGUCUUGCCUGUGAAGCUGGCAUUCGGAUGGGUGCAACGCUGGUGAUGUCGUGUCUCAAAGGGACGGAUGCAACCACUAUGGCAAUCACUUUGGAGCAAGUGAUUUUGUUGACACGUUGCCAUGGGCUUCCACCAAAGUCGUUUCACACAGCUGUUUCAGUAAUGAGAUCUAAGGGGGUACGCAUUAACAAUAUGAAGAGGAACACCGGCGUCGAGAAGUUUACUUUCACGGGAGCAUUACCACCACGGUUGUACGUGCCACCGGCGUUGGUUCUCGACUGUGCAUUAUAGAUCCUUGCCAAACAGGAAUGACAUCAUCUCUUCGGCGGUUUACUCGCUAUGCGCUGUGAAUAGCUCAUGUUUGCACUCGGUUGUGGGCAAUUGGGGCGUGGUAUUAGUAAUAUGAUUACCAUAACAUUGCUGUGA